UAAUGUCGUUAGUUGUCAAGUGGAAGGUAAAGUGGGCCUGAGAUAUGAGGCAUAACUCUAGUCUUCCUUUUCUUCUUAUCGUCAGCCAUGGCUUCCUCUUUACAAAAUGAGGUUCAUCUGCCUCUUAUUGACAUUUCCCAGUUUCAGUUGGAGUUAGAAAGAGGAGAACCAAACGAGCUACAAAACCAUUGCAGCGUCACGAGUGUCAAGGAAGCUUGCAAAGAACGGGGAAUGUUUCGCCUUGUAAACCACGCCAUUCCACAAAAUCUGCUACAACAUGUUGAGUCUGUUUCUCAUCAAUUAUUUUCCAUGCCACCAGAAGCUAAAGAAAGAGCCGCUGCAUGCAAAGCAAAGAACGGAUAUACUAAGUUUCCUACCAACGAAGUCCUUGUCUUCAAUGACUUGCCCAACUCCAAUUCAAUACCGGAGGUCUGUAAAAAGAUAUGGUCACUGCCAGACGAGGAAACUGCAGCAAUCUGCCGCGAGACAAUUGAAACAUUUGCCACCGCCAUUUUAGAUCUGGCCCAAACGACCAACAAAAUCAUUCUUGCGAGCUUGGGUUUGGACGUGGACACGUUCUACCGUUCUGAUUUCAAGAAAAACACAGGUAACCUGGCUAUAAACCACUACUCAUGUGAGGGAAGAAUAUGUUCAGAGGAAGCAGCUUUGCCUCCUCAUACAGAUCUCUGUUGCUUUACAAUCCUUUACCAGGCCAAUCAAGAGGGCCUUCAGAUCCGAUCCAAGGAAGGGAAAUGGUUGAAUGUGAAGCCUCUGUCCGAUUCAUUUGUUGUCUUCAUAGGUGACUGUCUUAAGGUAUGGACAAAUGGCAUCUACCACAGUGCGGAUCAUCGGGUUGUUUACAGUGGAUGGAAGGAUCGAAUAUCAAUUGCCCUUUUCAUUAACUUUCUGGAGCAGAAAGAAAUAUGGGCUCCAGCGCAUCUUGUGGAUGAUGAGGAUCAUAAGCGGCUGUACAGGCCUUUCACUCUUUCGCAGCUGCUAGAAGAAUUUGUUAAGAGCUGGGGAUCUACCGAACCAAGAUCUAUGUUUAUUGAUCGAUUUGCUGGUAUUUAAGGCUGCCGUUUGUUGGGGCCUAUGAGAAUUUCUACGCUGUUCUGAAUUCUUCAAACAGUUGAAUUAACAAUUACUAAAUGAAGUAAUCGAAAGUUGAAUUAAUUUAUAAGUGCGAAUAGCUUAAUUAAUUAACUAGUUGCGCGAAGUCUUCAGUCGGCAGGUUAAAUAAAUGUUUUUUUCCAAGGGAUGACAAAAUAAAUAUAUGGCUAUUAAAUUUGACGAUUUAUUA